AAAAUCCAAGAACUAGAGUUGUGCAUCAUCGGAACAAAUUGCCAACAGAAAAGAACCAAAAAGGCAAGAAACACUACUACUGUAAUUCCUUCAUAUCUGUCUUAAAAUAUAUAUAACAAAUAAUAAAAACCAAAAGAACCCCAUCUGCAUCUCACUCACAUCUCUUUCUCUCUUAAAGAUUAACAGCAAACUUCUGCAGAUCCAGAUCUUAAUAAAACACUAAAUAAAAUUAAAAAAAAAUAAUAUUAUAGUACUAAAUUAAAUCAAAUUAAAGUUUCUCUUGGAUCCAGAUCUUCUGGCCUUUUCCUCUAUAAACAAAACAUGCCUCAACAAUCCCAAAGGAAAACUGAUCAUUUCAUUCAUUCAUUCAUCUCUGUUCAUAUGCUCUCUCUUUCUCUUGGGGUCUCAACCCAACCCAGAAACAAACCAUUAUGCCUCCUGCAGCAAUGCCUGCACCCUUAAGAAAUCCCUUCCCACUUUUUUCUUUCUUCUUGUUAAUAAACUAUCUUUUCCUUUUCUUCUUUUCUCCUUUCUGCUACUCCAUUGAUGUACAGGGCCAAGCUCUUUUGACAUGGAAAAACAGUUUAAACAACUCCAAAGACAUAUUGAAUUCAUGGAAUGGUUUGGACCAGAAUCCCUGCAAAUGGGGUGGGAUACAGUGCAAUUCAAAAGCCCAAGUUGUGCAGAUAAGCUUGAGAUCAUUAGACUUGCAGGGUCCAUUGCCUUCAAAUUUGCAGCCACUCACCGCAUUGAACACACUCAUCAUUUCAUCAUCCAAUGUAACAGGAACAAUCCCAAGGGAAUUUGGAGAUUAUCUUGAGCUCACUGUCAUGGAUAUCAGUGACAAUUCCAUCUCAGGUGUGAUCCCAGUGGAAAUCUGCAACCUAAAAAAGCUUCAAACUUUGAAUCUCAACACCAAUUACCUUGAAGGCAGCAUUCCUGAUGACAUUGGGAACUUGUCAGCUCUCAAAGUUCUUACUCUCUUUGACAAUCAGCUCAGUGGUGAAAUCCCAAAGAGUAUAGGAAAAUUGAGCAACCUUGAAGUUUUCAGAGCUGGUGGCAACCAAAAUCUCAAAGGCAGUUUGCCUUCUGAGAUUGGAAGCUGCAGCAAUUUGGUUACGUUAGGCCUUGCUGAAACUGGGAUUUCUGGCACUUUGCCAUCUUCCAUUGGGAUGCUGCAAAAAGUUCAAACAAUUGCCAUUUAUACAUCUCAGUUAUCAGGGCCCAUCCCAGAAGAGAUUGGUAACUGUUCUGAGCUGCAGAAUCUGUAUUUGUAUCAGAAUUCCUUGUCUGGCUCUAUACCCCAGCAAAUAGGGAAUUUGAAAAAGCUUCAGAAUCUUUUACUGUGGCAGAACAGUCUGGUGGGUUCAAUCCCAUUUGAGCUUGGAAACUGCAAGGAUCUCAAAGUGAUUGAUUUAUCAGAAAAUCUUUUAACAGGGAGGAUUCCUUCAAGCUUGGGAGGUCUUUCCAAGCUGGACGGCUUGCAGUUGAGUGUCAAUCAGUUAACAGGUACUAUACCUCCUGAAAUCUCAAACUGUACAGCUUUGACUCAUUUGGAAAUAGACAACAAUCUCAUCUCAGGGGAGAUUCCAAUCCAAAUAGGCCAAUUAAAGAGCUUGAAUCUUUUUUUUGCAUGGCAGAAUAAUCUGACUGGCAUUAUUCCAGAGUCCUUAUCUGAAUGUGAGAGUUUACAAGCUCUUGAUCUUUCUUACAACCUUCUUUCAGGUCCAAUUCCUAAAAAGAUCUUUGCUUUGCAAAACCUAACAAAACUUUUGCUUCUUUCCAAUGAAUUAUCAGGCACUUUACCGUCUGAUAUUGGGAAUUGUACUAACUUGUAUAGGUUUAGAGUGAGUAAUAACAGGCUAGGGGGGACUAUUCCUUCUGAAAUUGGAAAUCUGAGAAAUUUGAAUUUUGUUGAUAUGAGCGGUAACCAUUUUUUAGGGGAAAUCCCACCCUCAAUAUCUGGUUGUCAAAACCUUGAGUUUCUUGAUCUCCAUUCAAAUGCAAUAUCUGGUUCUUUGCCAGAUACUAUGCCUAAAAGCCUGCAGUUUUUAGACAUCUCUGAUAAUGCCCUUACAGGUUCUUUAAGUCAUUCCAUUGGGUCAUUAACAGAGUUGACUAAACUCAUUCUGGCUAAAAACCAACUUUCUGGUAAAAUUCCCUCUGAAAUCCUGUCCUGCAGUAAGCUGCAAUUGCUUGAUCUGGGGAACAAUGGUUUCUCUGGUGACAUACCCAAAGAAUUAGGCCAAAUUUCAUCACUUGAAAUCUCCUUAAAUCUCAGCUGCAACCAGUUUACAGGCAAAAUUCCAAAAGAAUUUUCAGGUCUUGACAGACUAGCCAUCCUUGAUGUCUCCCACAACCAGCUUUCAGGGAAAUUGGACAUUCUUGCCAACCUUCAGAACCUUGUUUCUCUCAACAUCUCAUAUAACUCCUUCUCAGGAGAAUUGCCUGACACCCCGUUUUUCCGUAAACUUCCCCUGAAUGAUCUCACUGGAAACCAGGCUCUGUACAUAGCUGGAGGUGUGAUAAAUCCAGCAUCUGCUGGACAUGCAAAAUCAACUAUGAAACUAGCAAUGCCAAUUCUCGUCAGCGCUAGCGCAGUCCUAGUACUACUUGCAGUUUACAUGCUAGUCAGAACUCGAAUUGCCAGCAGAAAGCAGAUGGAAGUUGACACUUGGGAAAUGACCUUAUAUCAAAAGAUGGAGUUUUCAAUGGAUGACAUAGUCCGGAAUCUAACAUCUGCUAAUGUCAUUGGGACUGGAAGCUCUGGUGUAGUGUACCGGGUAACUAUCCCAAAUGGCGAAAAGACAUUAGCAAUCAAGAAAAUGUGGUCAUCAGAUGAAUCACAUUCAGGAGCCUUUGCGUCAGAGAUUAAGACAUUGGGUUCAAUCCGGCACAAGAAUAUAGUUCGCCUCCUAGGAUGGGGUUCAAAUCAGACAAUGAAGCUGCUUUUCUAUGACUAUUAUUCAAAUGGCAGUUUGAGUUCACUCUUGCAUGGUGCUGGAAAGGGGGCAGCAGAAUGGGAGACAAGAUAUGAGAUAAUUCUUGGCAUUGCUCAUGCACUUGCGUAUUUACACCAUGAUUGUGUGCCUCCGAUCAUGCAUGGAGAUGUGAAGGCCAUGAAUGUUCUUUUAGGCCCUCAAAGGGAGCCAUAUCUUGCUGAUUUUGGGUUGGCAAGACAAGUUAUCAAUGUCCAACAGAGUGAUUGCCACAGUUCCAAGCAGCAGAACAGCCUGAGCAGGCCUCAACUUGCUGGUUCAUAUGGAUAUAUGGCUCCAGAGCAUGCAUCGAUGCAACGCAUCACAGAAAAGAGUGAUGUUUACAGCUUUGGAGUGGUCCUCUUAGAAGUUUUAACAGGGAGACAUCCAUUAGAUCCAACUCUGCCCGGGGGUGCUCAUUUAGUACAAUGGGUUCGUGACCACUUACACAGCAAGAAAGAAGCUGCUGAUAUUCUUGAUCCAAAGCUCAGAGGCAGAGCUGAUCCUCAGAUGCAUGAAAUGCUGCAAACAUUGGCGGUUUCUUUCCUCUGUGUAAGUCCGCGAGCUGAUGAUCGCCCGAUCAUGAAAGAUGUCGUGGCGAUGCUCAAGGAAAUCCGGCCUAGUGUGGAUCCUCGGUCAUCGGAUCAUGAUUUGCUCAAGGGGGGUCUAAAGGCAGCUUCGCCUAAAUUAUCUUCGCCUUCGCCUGCCAGGGCCCCGCCCCGUCUUGUGGUUUCACAAGGGUCGUCUAACUGCUCUUUUGCAUUCUCAGAUGAUUCAGUUUAAGGAUUGGAAGGAAAUGAAAUUGAGUGUGAUCAUUGUGAAUAUUAUUGCAUAGGAGACAGAGUGAGGAAAAAGCAUUGGUUGAUGUCAUUAGUAAUUUAGUACUCCUUCCGUCCCAAAAUUAUUGUCCAGUUUGAGUUUUCAUUUUUAGUUUAAAUUGUACUAAAAGUGAAAUCUCAAACUGGACAAUAAUUUGGGACAGAAGGAGUAUCAUAAUUUU